AUGAAUUCCAUCAACGAGGACGAAUUUUUGCAGGCUUUCAUGCAAAUCAAACAUAAUGAUAUUUUUUUGCCUGGAGAAUUGCAUCGUCCCACCGAUAAAAAUACAGGGAUAUGCGUGUUUGUUCACGGAUCCGGAUCAAGCAGAUUUAGCCCAAGAUACAUUGCGAAGGCUCUUCGAUCUCGAGGAAUAGGCACAUUUUUGUUAGACCUUCUCACUCCCGAAGAAGAGCAGAUUGAUGAGGUGACAAGACACUUGCGUUUCAACAUAGAGAUGUUGGCUGAAAGGGUUGUUUCGGUAAUUGAUCACUUUGAAAAGGCCGAGGACUUGAAGGGGUUGCCAAUUGGAUUGUUUGGGGCUUCGACCGGGGGUGGAGCUGCAUUACUUGCUGCUCUCAAACGUCCAGAUCGAGUCCGAUUGGUUAUUGCUCGUGGCGGCAGACCUGACUUGAUGAACCCCGCGCUUCUCAAAGAGAUAAUUACCCCUACUUUAUUCAUAGUGGGUGGGAAUGAUUCUGUGGUGCUGAAAAUGAAUGAGAAAGCGUUCAAUGAUCUGGGUAGUCAGAUCAAGCACUUGACAGUCAUUCCUGGCGCCACCCAUUUGUUCGAAGAACCAGGUUGUCUCGAAAAGGUAGCGGAUCUCGCGAUUCAAUGGAUGGAACGAUACUUGAUUGAAAAGGAAGUCACAGAGCAAUCUAAGCGAUGA